AGGACCUUGUCAGAAGCUCUCAGCAGAUGAGAAAACUGAAGCGUGGUGGCCCACCGGCUGCUAAGCCCUCUGUCGCCCAGGGAGACAGUCUGCGCCUUGCCCCGCGGUCACCGACCAUGACCAUGACUCUCCACACCAAAGCAUCAGGAAUGGCCUUGCUGCACCAGAUCCAAGGGAACGAGCUGGAGCCCCUAAACCGCCCGCAGCUCAAGAUGCCCUUGGAGCGGCCCCUGGGUGAGGUGUACGUGGACAGCAGUAAGCCGGCGGUGUUCAACUACCCCGAGGGCGCCGCGUACGAGUUCAACGCCUCCGCCGCCUCCGCGCCGGUCUACGGCCAGUCGGGCAUCGCCUACGGCCCGGGGUCGGAGGCGACGUUCGGCGCCAACAACCUCGGGGGCUUCCCCCAGCUCAACAGCGUGUCUCCGAGCCCGCUGAUGCUGCUGCACCCGCCGCCACAGCUCUCGCCCUUCCUGCACCCCCACGGCCAACAGGUGCCCUAUUACCUGGAGAACGAGCCCAGCACCUACGCGGUGCGCGAGGCCGGCCCGCCCGCGUUCUACAGGCCAAAUUCAGAUAAUCGUCGCCAGAGUGGCAGAGAGAGAUUGACCAGUAACAGUGACAAGGGAAGCCUGGCCUUGGAAUCUGCCAAGGAGACUCGCUACUGUGCAGUAUGCAAUGACUAUGCCUCUGGCUACCACUAUGGAGUCUGGUCCUGUGAGGGUUGUAAGGCUUUCUUCAAGAGGAGUAUUCAAGGGCAUAAUGACUACAUGUGUCCAGCUACCAACCAGUGCACGAUUGAUAAAAACAGGAGGAAGAGCUGCCAAGCCUGCCGGCUCCGCAAAUGCUAUGAAGUUGGGAUGAUGAAAGGUGGGAUACGGAAAGACCGAAGAGGAGGAAGAAUGUUGAAACACAAGCGUCAGAGAGAUGAUGGGGAAGGCAGGAAUGAAAUAGGAACCUCUGGAGAAAUGAGAGCUGCCAACCUUUGGCCAAGCCCCCUCAUUAUUAAACACACUAAGAAGAACAGCCCUGCCUUGUCCUUGACAGCUGAUCAGAUGGUCAGUGCCUUGCUGGACGCUGAGCCCCCCAUAAUCUACUCAGAGUACGAUCCUACCAGACCCUUCAGCGAGGCCUCCAUGAUGGGCUUGCUGACCAACCUGGCAGACAGGGAGCUGGUCCACAUGAUCAACUGGGCCAAAAGGGUGCCAGGCUUUGGGGAUUUGAACCUCCACGAUCAGGUCCAUCUUCUGGAAUGUGCCUGGCUAGAGAUCCUAAUGAUUGGUCUUGUCUGGCGCUCCAUGGAGCACCCAGGGAAGCUACUGUUUGCUCCCAACUUGCUCCUGGACAGGAAUCAGGGUAAAUGUGUAGAGGGCAUGGUGGAGAUCUUUGACAUGUUGCUGGCUACGUCGACCCGGUUCCGUAUGAUGAAUCUGCAGGGAGAGGAGUUUGUGUGCCUCAAAUCUAUCAUUUUGCUUAAUUCUGGAGUAUACACAUUUCUGUCCAGCACCCUGAAGUCUCUGGAAGAAAAGGACCAUAUCCACCGGGUCCUUGAUAAGAUCACAGACACCUUGAUCCACCUGAUGGCCAAGGCAGGCCUGACCCUGCAGCAGCAGCACCGGCGCCUGGCCCAGCUCCUGCUCAUCCUCUCCCACAUCCGGCACAUGAGGAUUCCCCAAGAAUCCCUGUGUAGCAGACGAAGGACUCACACUGCCAGCAACAAGGGCAUGGAGCAUCUGUACAGCAUGAAGUGCAAGAACGUGGUGCCCCUAUACGACUUGCUGCUGGAGAUGCUGGAUGCCCACCGCCUGCACGCCCCAGCCAGCCGUGGAGGAGGGUCCCCAGAGGAGUCUAGCCAGAGCCUGCUGGCCACCACGGGCUCCACUUCAGCACAUUCCUUGCAGACAUACUACAUCCCCCAGGAAGCAGAGGGUUUCCCCAACACAAUGAAUACAAGACACACACAGGGAAGGAAGACCCCCUGAUUGUCAAGAUCAUGUCAACUUGCUGACAUCUCUACUGCUGUAUUUCUAGAGCACUACAUACAGAUCAUGGGUUCUGGCUAAUUCUUGCUUCCCAAGGCCCUGUGGGAAGUCAGCAAGUCGAUUUCAAUUAAGUCACCCCCACACAGAUCAGUCUCUCUGUAUGAGGGACAAGCUCGAGUUUUUUUGUUUUAAUUUUUAUUUAUGGAAGCAAGCCCUCUGCGCCCAGCACUUGCAGUGAAACAGCUUUCAGGACCUGUCGCGGUGGGGUCUCCUAUUUAUCAGCAGAGGGCGCUGUACUUGGAUCUUCCUGGUGUGAGCUCCACUGAAUUUUAACAUGUCAGGCCCAUCAGGCAAAAAGGGAGUUUCAAUGAGCCGGCUUCCUCCUGGUUUUUGAAUUUUUUUUUUUUUUCAGCCCUGGGGCAUGGGGCUAAAUAGUAACACUGCAUGAUGAUUGUAGCUGCUCCAGAGGAAAGUAAGCUGGGGAGAAACUGGAUAAAUCUGUAAAGCAAGGUCAGCCUUGCUCAGAGUAGCAUGGCCACAGGCUGCAGCUCCCAGGAUGCAUCUCCCAGGCCCUCCACCCUGCAGUGCACAGUGGGCUGUUCUAGGGUCCACAGGGUAGUCUGCCCUUCUUGCUUUCUGAGUGGUCCUCAUUGGAAGAACAGCAGUGGAUAGCUGUGUGCCUAUAGUUGGCCCAGCAUGCUCCUGGCAGGGAAGGAGGGAAGGAGAGAAGUGACAGGAGCACUGGACUCAGGCUGUGGGGGCUGGUGAGACCGCACAUGCCCUUGGGAAGAAAUCGGCCCCUCCCCGCCCCACCCCCCAUCUCCUGUCCUAAAACUUCAUAAGCCAGGAGGAGACCAGCAUUGGGGUCUUUGCUUCUUUAAUGCAAUUGUGGGCUAUUUCCUUUUUUUAAGCUAAGAAGUAAGUUUGAUUUCCUUCCCUGACUUCAUAGUCUGUAAUUCGAACCCCAUUGAGAAGUGACAUGUUUGCCAACACCCCUGGAGAGCUACUAGGCUUCUCUUGGUAUGUCCUGUUUGGAAAAGCAAGUUUGAUUAAUUUCUGGUUGCCCAGUUAAAUUUCUACCAAAGGACUGGGAAACUGGGGGGGCCAAGAAAAAAAAUUUUUUUUUUUCCAUUUAUAUGAGCAUCUAAAUUUGGGGGCAAUUUUAUGUAUCUGCAUUAAGAAUAUGUUUAAGAACAUAAUUCUUUUGUUGUUUGUUUAAGAAGCACCUUAUAUAGUAUAAUAUAUAUUUUUUUGAGAUUGCAUUGCUUGUUUAUCAGACAAUUGAAUGUAAUGAUUCUGUUCUGGAUUUAAUUUGACUGGGUUAACAUGCAAAAACCAAGGAAAAAUAUUUAGCUUUUUUGUAUACUUUUCAAGUUACCUUUGUCAUGUAUGCAGUUAUUGAUGCCUGAAACCUGGUGAUUAUUCAUUUAAAUGAAGAUCACAUUUCAUAUCAACUUUUGUAUCCACAGUAGACAAAAUAGCACUAAUCCACAUGCCUAUUGUUGGAUAUUGAAUGAUAAGACAAUCUUAUGUAGCAGAGAUUAUGCCUGAAAAGGAAAAUUAUUCAGGGCAGCUAAUUUUGCUUUUACCAAAAUAUCAGUAGUAAUAUUUUUGGACAGUAGCUAAUGGGUCAGUGGGUUCUUUUUAAUGUUUAUACUGAGAUUUUCUUUUAAAAAAAAUAAAAACAAAAUAAAAAAAAAAACCUCUAGGACUAUAGAUGAUGUAAUACCAGCUAAAUCCAAACAAUAAUACAGUGGAGGGUUUUACAUUAUUCAUCUACUGUGUUUGUAUUCAUGUCAAGAUACUACUACAUUUGAAACGGGCCAAGAACAUUAGAUGGUUGAAAUGUUAGCCCGGGAAUUACAACAAUUUUGGAAAUCUCUUUUUAUCCUUAUUUGAAGUGUCAAUAAUGAGCUGCUGACAUUUUCCAGCUGAUGUUGCUGUAGAGUAUAAGGUAGAUUUUGAAUAAUUUUUCCUGUCCUUUCCCCCCACUUUGAGCCAACUUAAAGUUUGAAAGACAUGAUCUACCUGGAGGAUACAGAUAGGAUGGGAAAGUGGGUUUGGGAGAUUGAUGUAUGGGAAAAAGGGGAAUAAGAAUAUUGAAAGUAUUCUGGCACCAAGUUUCAGUAUUCUGCUUGUGCACUGUAAUCCAAAAAUAACUAGCUCCAUUGACAGCCAUUUCCAAAAUGGUGGCUUGAGUUCUGGGGAAGAAAGUGGCAUCAGCAGUGACGUCCAAAGAAUAGUUAGGGGUCUGAGUUUCUUUUACCCACUGCCUAGCUUGCUGUAAUGAUGCUGUAAUGCUAUCAUGCAGAAAUAAGGAGACUAGGUAUUCCAAAGAGAAGACCCUAUUGAUGGAGAUUGUGAAAUUCAGCCCAUAAGGCAGUGCAAUCUUCAAUAGAUUUCCCUAGUAGUCUUGCAAAUAUGCUUAACUAUGCCAUGUCUUAUGCCUUUUGGAGGCUGAAUAAAUAAGUGACUUACUGAUAAUUUACUCUUAAUCACAUUGAGGUGUUCUGUAUUUAAAAUUUUACUCAUUGAAAUGGCCCUUGAUUUAGGCCACUUGUUUAGAAGAUUUCUAUCGCUACAUGAAACCAAUUAUGAAUCCYUUCCUAUUAAUACUUGCAACUCUGAGACGGACUGUGGAUACUGGGGAUGAUCACUAGGACCAUAGUAAUGACUAUAUAUUCACAGGAAGAUCUGCUUGGGGAAACUAGUUCUUUGAAAGGCAAAUAGAGUUACAGAGUAGCUCAUAAGGCAACUGUGAUUCUCUUCCAUGCAAGUCUUGGGAGGUUGAUCCAGAUAACACUGCACACUCCCUAGAUUAAAUCCCCCGAAAAUUUACUUACUCUUAACUGGAGCAAAUGAAUUUAACUGUGGUCCCAAAUAUCCAUCUUUUCAUUAGUGUGAUUAUGCUCUGUUUCUAGCUGCAUUUCUUUUCCAUUUAAAUUAAGGUGUGGUCUUUUAUUUAAGUCAUUUAAAAUUACUUUCUAAUAAUUACUGCCUCUAUUAUGGCACUUCAAUUUUGCACUGUCUUUUAGAGACUCAAGAAAAAUUUCUGUUCUUUCCUUUUUUUUUUUUUUUGCAUCCAAAUGUGCCUGAACUUUUUAAAUAUGUAAAUGCUGCCAUGUCCCAACCAAACCCAUCUUUAGUGUGUUUUUAUGAGCUGUGCACCCUCGAAAUAACAUUUAGUCCCAUGAACAGGUGCCUAAGACACGGACCCCUUUGUGUUCACAGAGAGGUCAUUGGUCAUAGAGACUUGAAUUAAUAAGUGACAUUAAGCCAGUUUUUGUUCUCUCACAGAUAUAAACGAUGCUUUUGGUGCACCACAUAUUCUUCAGUGUAGAGCUCUUGUUUUAUGGGAAAAGGCUCAAAUGCCCAAUUGUGUUUGAUGGAGUGAUAUGCGCUCAUGCUGAUGUGAUUCCAUUUUGUCGCAGCUUUGCUUUGUUUAAUGAAACACACUUGUAAACCUCUUUUGCACCUUGAAAAAGUAAAGAAUCCAGCAGGAUGCUUUAGCACCUGUAAAACAU